UCUCACAACAUACUACUAUACACCCAAGUCCCAUUCUCCUCCUCCUCCUCCUCCGCCUCCACCGCCAUGUCGGAAAAAGUAUGCGACCACCAUGAAACCGUGCGACGCAAUAGGGCGAGGCGGUGGGCUGCGGCCCUCCUAACCUUCGUCUUCGUCGUCGCCCUCGUUGUCCUCAUCGUGUGGGCCAUCCUCCAGCCGAAAAAGCCGCGGUUCACCCUCCAAGACGCCACCAUCUUCAACCUCAACAUCUCCGCCGCCAACGUCAUCUCCGCCACCGUCCAAGUCACCGUGAGCUCCCGCAACCCGAACGCCCGCAUCGGCGUCUACUACGACCGCCUCAGCGCCUACGCCACCUACCGGAGCCAGCAGAUCAGCUACUCCACGGCGAUCCCCAACGUCUACCGGGCCAGGACGUCGACGUGUGGUCCUCCUGCGGGCGCCGGCCUCCACGGCCCACUUGCCGCCAGGCGGGCCGCUGACGGCGCCGUGAAUUUACUUGUCAAGAUGAACGGCCGCGUCCGCUGGAAGGUCGGGUCGUUCAUCUCAGGCCGCUACCACCUCCACGUCGCCUGCGCCGCAUAUAUCCCCGUCGGAAAUAGCAAGAACACCGGCAUUGUUGUCGGAAAUUCAGUUAAGUAUCAGCUUUCACAGAGAUGUAGUGUUAAUGUUUGAUUAUUUUCAUUUCUUUUUUCUGUAUUUUUUUAUUAUAAUCAUAUUUAAUGGAAAUAAUGUGGGAGAUUAUCAGGUGAAUGUAGAAAUUCGCAAUCUUGUAUUAUUACACUUGAUUAAUUAAUGAUUAUGACGAUUAAAAAUUA